AUGGGUCCUGCUCUUGAAGUACAUGCUAUGCAGAAGCUUGCUGAUGAGUCUGAAGCCAUUCAUCAGACACUAGAAGAAAAUUCUGGGGAUAAGGCCAGUGAUGCAGGCCAGUAUCAGACCAUUAAUGAACCCCAUCCCAAUUACGACAGGAACAUUGUUGUGGCCCUGGAUGAAGCAAAAGGCCACAGUGGAGAUUACUAUGAAGACCCUGAGCUUGCGAUGGCAGAAGGAUGGCAGUCCAUCAGUAUUUUACCAGCCAGGCCUAUAAAGGAAUCUGAAUAUGCAGUGAGGAAUGAGAACCCAUAUGUGAACACCCCAGUUGCUCACUCUCAGUAUACAAUUCUGAGGCCCCCCAUGACUCUUCUGAAGAAGUAUCAGCCCUUGCCACCUGAGCCGGAGAAUAGCAGGCUACCUUUCUUUCAGAGACACACAUUUCCUGAAACCCAGAGAGGGCCCAGGCAGAUAAGCUUAAAGGAUUUAAGUGACGUAAGUAGCAAUUUUGCCCUGGGAACCAUAGAAGCAAACAUUGACCAAAUGUAUAGGCAAGAUAUGGGUACCCUGUUGGCACUAUGGGGUGUCCAGCACCAUGAUUGGUACAUUGGAGAAUACAGUCGCCAGGCAGUAGAAGAGGCACUAAUGAAGGAGAACAAGGAUGGUACUUUCCUAGUCCGUGACUGCUCCUCGAAAUCCACUGCAGAGCCCUACGUGUUGGUGGUGUUUUAUGGAAACAAAGUCUACAAUGUGAAAAUCCGCUUCCUGGAGAAGAAUCAACAGUUUGCCCUGGGAACGGGUCUCAGAGGAACCGAGAAAUUUGACUCGGUGGAAGACAUCAUUGAACACUACAAGUAUUUUCCUGUUACGCUGAUUGAUGGAAAAGAUAAAACUGGUGUCCGCAGGGAGCAAUGCUUCCUGACUCAGCCUCUUCCCUUCUCACUAAGAUAG